UGAGUGCAUGUGUGUGUGUGAGUGCGUGCUACGGCUGCUGUUUGUCACUCAUUGUGCCACGAACACGGGUAGCGACAAGGACCAAAAUUCCGUCCGGUAGCAGUUGUUGUCCCUGGAAAGGCUCAUAUCUGUUUCCCCCCCUCAGUAGAGACACCUCGCUUGUUUAAAGUACGUCUGCUCAUCAAGGAGAAUAUCUGUGACACAUUACAAUGCUUCAAAUAAGGGACCUCAUCUGGGGAUUGCUAUUCAUUGGCUGUACAGAAACUCAAGACCAGGACCAGGACCAGGACACUGAGGGAGUCACAGUCACCCAUCAGUUCCAGACAGAAGUCGCCAUCCAGGUGCAAAUCACUCCAACACAAGGGGAGAUCAGCGUUGGAGAGUCCAAAUUUUUUCUCUGUGAAGUGGUGGGAGAUGCUAAAGACAUAGACUGGUACGACCCCAGUGGGGAGAAGAUCCUCGCCAACAGGCCUGACAUUUUUGUGAGCCGCAGCGAUGAAACCACAUCGACCCUCACCAUAUACCACGCCAACGUGGACAAUGCUGGUAUCUACAAGUGUGUGGCAAAGAACGGGGACAAGGAGGCCCAGGCCACAGUCCAAGUGAAGAUCUUUCAAAAGAUCACCUUCCAGAGCGCUCCCAGCCCACAGGAGUUCAAUGAAGGCGAUGAUGCUGACAUAGUUUGCAAUGUGGUCAGUUCACCACCACCCACCAUCAUUUGGAAGCAUAAGGGCUCUAAGAUCCAGGUUGCCAAAGAUGUGCGAUUCAAGAUCAUGGAUAAUGGGCACCUGCAGAUCCGCGGCAUCAAGAAGAUAGAUGAGGGCAUGUACCACUGUGAGGCUCGUGUCAUGGCCAGGGGAGAAAUUGACUUCAGGAUUAUUAAGGUCGUUGUUAAUGUGCUUCCCACCAUCCGUGCCAGGCAGUCAGAUGUCAAUGCUACAGCAGACAUUGGUAGCUCUGCUUUGUUGGCCUGUGAUGCAGAUGGCUUCCCUGAACCCACCGUCACCUGGGCACAUAACAACAUCGUCCUUGAAACGGGUGAUAAGUACAGCCUGAACGAGGAUGGUUCAGAAUUGGUAAUAAAAGAUGUCAAGAAAGUGGAUGAAGGAGAUUACACUUGCAUCGCCAAGAACAAGGCAGGAGAGAAAGCUGAGGAAGUCAGUCUGAACGUGUUUGUGCAACCCAAGAUAACCUACCUGAAUAACCAGACUGCCUCAGAGUUUGACGAACAAGUCACCCUGACCUGUGAGGCCUUGGGCGACCCCACACCCACCAUCUCCUGGAGUUUUGAGCACAGGGUAUUCACUGAAGGAGAGCAGGCUUCUUGGACGCGACCAGACAAAUAUGAGAGCCUUGAUAGAAAUAUUGUGGUACGCAGCCAUGCACGGGUGUCCUCUCUCACCUUGAAAAACAUCCAGUUCACGUAUGCCGGCCAGUAUCUCUGCACCGCCAGCAACUCCAUCGGUCAGGACAACCAGCACAUGUACCUGGAAGUCCGCUAUGCUCCAAAGAUCCUGGGUCCAGUGACAGUGUACACGUGGGAGGGAAACCCAGCCAACAUCAGCUGUGAGGUGGAGGCUCACCCCGUAGCCUCAGUGGUUUGGUUCAGAGACGGCCUCCAGCUGCCCUCUGCCAACACCACCAACAUGAAGAUCUACAACACACCAACCAUCAGCUACCUGGAGAUAACCCCUGAUUCUCAGAAUGACUUUGGGAGCUACAACUGCACAGCAACCAAUGUGAUGGGCACUGAGUCCAAGGAGUUCCUUCUUAUCCAAGCAGAGGUGCCAUCAUCACCAGAAAUUCAACAAGUGGAACCUUUCUCCAGCACAGCAGAGGUAGAGUUUGAGGAGCCUGACUCUAUAGGUGGAGUGCCCAUUAUCAAGUACAGAGUGGAAUGGCGUUUGCCAGGCCAGGAUUGGACCAGCAGGGAGUAUGAUGCUAAUGAUGACCUGACCAAGAUCACCAUCGCUGGCCUGAAGCCAGAGACCACCUACGAGGUCAAGAUGUCCGCCAUCAAUGGCAAAGGCGAAGGCGAGAGCAGCCCGGCCAGCACUUUCAAGACUGAGCCAGUCCGGGAACCCAGUGCCCCCAAAAUAGAAGUCAAGGUCCAAAACAGGGGCAAUACUGUAAAGGUCAACUGGAUCAAGCAGGAUGAUGGCGGUUCCCCCAUUAAACAUUACCUGAUCAGAUACAAGGCUAAGCAUGUAUCUGACUGGAAACCAGAGAUCCGCCUUCCCCAUGGCAGUGAGUAUGUGGUGCUGAGCGGCCUGGACUGGAAUACAGAGUAUGAGGUUCACGUACUGGCAGAGAAUCAGCAGGGCAAGUCAGAGCCUGGCAUCCUCUCCUUCAGAACAGCUACAGAGCCCACUACUAUCCCAGCUACCCUUGGUUGCCGAUGUGUGACGUACAGUCUCGCAGCUCUUCUGCUGUCCAUGCUGACUGUGCUCUGGCUUUCAUAAACUGAUUUUGUUCAAGGAGAAAGAGGAUAGUCUGAGCCUUUAAAAUCUUUGGGCCCAGACUCCUUUGCUUUCUAUGCCUUUUGACCCUUGUGCAGCCACACACAAGAUUUAAAAAAAAGAUGAAGAGUCAAGACAUUGGUUUUAUGACGUUAUUACAGGGUGCUCAGUACUUGCAUCAUUCUCAAUUUUUGGGGAUUUAGAUUCUGUUAAUAUUUUGUUUUCAUCAUCUGUUUUCAUGUUGUAUAUGAAUAGAUUCAGAAAGGGAAAAUUUUAGAAGGUUUUGUCAAUGUUACAAGUUGGACUUGGGUGCUCUACAAUGUACAAUGUAGACAAAGUGUUGCCACUUUGUUUUAGCUACGAUUAGUAACACAUUCAUAAUGCCUUAAUGUGAUCUUAAGAGGGGUAGUACAUAGAAUAAUUAUCUUACACUGUCUGAUUAUGUGUCUACAAUGUGCUAACCAGAAAUGGCAAUUGUAAAGAGACUUUUAUUUUGGAAUUUAUUGCCUAUUAAACGGACACAUCAUUCCACUAAUAUGUCACAAAUGACAUAAAAGCAUGAACACUGCAUGAAAGCUGACACGAGGCAUGAGCCAGUAUUCAUGAAUGUGCUAUGCAGCUGCUUUGAAGCUCCCCAGUCAAGCAUUAUGAAUGUGUUAACCAGGUGAAGAGUACAAAUGCUGUGCCUAAUUUCUGUUUUUUUGGAUAUAAGCUUGAAAUGUCCUGCCAUACAAAACGAGGAAAGAUAACAUUUGCAGAAACAUUUAAUAUUGGUUGUGGUGAGAGUAUUCAUGUCCAAGACACUUUUAUUACUUUUCAACAUUAUAUUAUGCUCAUUUUCAAACACAUUAUUAUGCAACAGCCAUGUCAUGAGAGGACAGAGGCUUGUGCAGAAAAACUAAUCAUGUUUUGUGAGAAAGUGUACAUACUCUUUUCAAACUGACCUUCAAGAAAACAGCUGGUUUUUUUGACAGUUCAUUUUUCUCUUUUUACCUGAAAGCAGAGAAAUGUCUAAAAAACAUAAAUGCAACAGCUGGUAAACACUAAAAAUUUCAUUUUCAAUAAUGUGAAAUUAUUCUCUUCUCUGAGACAUUUUUGUAAGUACAUAUCAGUGUAUUUCCAUGUAACCAUUGUAGGGUUGAAAUAAAUUGUGUUUCUUUUUCUUUCAUGAAAGUAAUUGCUUCCUGAAGCUUUAGCAUCUAAACAUACUAAGAUGUGUGACAGUGCUGACUUGUACUGACUGUUCAAGGCCUGGAUUGUGAAGCUGAUUUUAGGCCUUUUUUUUCUUCUGGAGCUUUAACAAAAUGUCUGUAUUCUGCAUUUAAUGUUGCAUUACAUCACACACGACUGUUAAACCCAGAUCUUGAAAGAUUAGAAGCCUGGCUAUAGCCUAAUUGAAGAAGAAGAUACAGUAUGCAUUUUGAACAAAAACUGAACAAAUGGUAAACAGUAUAUACUGUAUAGAGGCUUUCCAAUUAUACAUGACACAUUUUUGUGAAACUAAAACUAGAAACUCUCUAAUUUCACUUCGGCUUCUGUUACUUACUUUGUUUUGCAUAGGGGGUUUCUUUUCUAAAAAAAAAAACAUGGUUUUCUGUCCAUAAUUGACAUUUAGAAUCAGCUGGGGGGUAAAGAAAUGUCAACACUUAAAUUUAACAUAAGAUACAACAAUGUUGUUUUUGUUAGCAACAAAAGCAACUACAGCUACUUUUGAGCUGUAGUUUUUGAAUGUUAAUAAAAACUUGCCCAUAGAUUGAUAGGUGGAAUUGUUACCAAAUUUAGGUUACUUUUACGUUGUUACAUUCAUAGCAGUAUGAUCUCUAUUUCAAGACAUUCAAACAUGUAUCUUUAUUUAACUAUAAUAGCUAGCCAACAAUCCAGCAGCCUAAUAUAGCACAAAAAGAGAUAUUCAUUUUACGACUGAUUCUGUUGUUUUUCUUGCGAUGACAGCCUUGAUAUUGACAAGCAGCAAAUUCAGAAAUUUAAAAAGCUCUUCUUGAACACUGGUAACCAAGAGCUACAGAUCUCAAAGAUGGCCAUCAGAGUGUAGGUUACUCAAAGCCCUCAAUACAGUUUACGUUUGUUCAAACAUUUGUUCCACACUCUGCUCUACAACUCGUUAAAGUCCUGCAGAGCCGUGAGAGGAUGCAAUGCAUAAAUUAAGAGACUAGAAUCACCUACAGCCAUGAUCAACAACAAUUCAAUGUGAGAGAAUUAAUAAAGCAUUGAUACAUUUUCAGUAA